GCCCCUCUCGGCCCGCACCGGGAAGAGCGGCCGCGGCGCCGGGUGAGCCCGCCAGGCCGGGCAGUGCCAUGCUGCCUUUGUGCAAAGUUGGGCGGCGGGCGGCACGCCGCGCGCAGGGGCCCCGCACGCCCGCGAGCGCGCGCGGCCGUGGCUGCUGCUGAGUGGCUGGGGGCCCUCCCCCCCUGCUCCCCAGCCCUUGAAGGCGGAGAGAGCUCGCGUCCCGCUCGGCUCCGGGUAAGUCCAGCUGGGAGCAGGGUAUUCUGUUCUUCACUUCCAGCAAGCCAGAGUUUUAUAAAUGGACACUGACAUGGAUUACGAAAGACCCAACGUUGAAACCAUCAAGUGCGUGGUCGUGGGAGACAACGCAGUGGGGAAGACGCGCUUGAUCUGUGCCAGAGCCUGUAAUACAACACUGACGCAGUACCAGCUGCUAGCCACCCACGUACCCACCGUGUGGGCCAUUGACCAGUAUCGGGUCUGCCAAGAGGUCUUGGAGCGUUCCAGGGAUGUCGUUGAUGAAGUGAGCGUUUCUCUCAGGCUUUGGGAUACGUUUGGCGAUCAUCAUAAAGACAGGCGUUUUGCAUAUGGCAGGUCCGAUGUUGUGGUCCUCUGUUUUUCGAUCGCUAAUCCCAAUUCCCUAAAUCAUGUGAAAACCAUGUGGUAUCAAGAAAUCAAGCACUUUUGCCCUCGCACACCUGUCGUUCUAGUUGGCUGCCAGUUAGAUCUCCGCUAUGCUGAUCUUGAAGCUGUUAAUAGAGCCAGACGCCCUUUAGCAAGGCCCAUAAAGAGAGGAGACAUUUUGCCCCCGGAAAAAGGCAGAGAGGUGGCAAAGGAACUUGGCAUACCCUACUAUGAAACAAGCGUGUUUGACCAGUUUGGAAUCAAGGACGUGUUCGACAAUGCAAUCCGAGCCGCCCUCAUUUCCCGCCGGCACCUGCAGUUCUGGAAAUCUCACCUAAAGAAGGUCCAGAAACCUUUACUUCAGGCACCGUUCCUACCUCCAAAAGCCCCCCCACCAGUCAUCAAAGUUCCAGAAUGUCCCUCCAUGGGGACCAAGGAAGCUGCCUGUUUACUGGACAACCCUCUGUGUGCUGAUGUCCUGUUCAUCCUCCAGGGCCAGGAGCAGAUCUUUGCACACCGCAUUUACCUCGCUACCUCCUCAUCCAAGUUUUAUGAUCUUUUCUUAAUGGAAUGUGAAGAAACCCCCAACUGGAGCGAAGGAGCCUGUGAGAGAGAGAAGCCCAGCCGGGAUUUCCAGGCCCAGGAAUUGAGUCUGGACCUGAACGAGGAGACGGAGGAGGGCAGCCCAAGGACACCUCAGGCCGAUCAGCGGACAUCCCCGAGCCAGAAUGUGUUGCAGCCGGAGGGCCCAGUGUUGGAAGCCGAGGGCACGGUGGUGGAGACACAGAGCCUCUCGGGCUGGAGUAAGGGCUUCCUUGGCAUGCACAGGGAAAUGCAGGUCAACCCCAUCUCGAAGCGGGUGGGCCCGGUGACUGUGGUCAGGAUGGACGCAUCCGUCCAGCCAGGCCCUUUCCGGACCCUGCUCCAGUUUCUCUACACAGGGCAACUGGAUGAAAAGGAGAAGGACCUGAUGGGCCUGGCUCAGAUCGCAGAGGUCCUGGAGAUGUUUGACUUGAGGAUGAUGGUGGAAAACAUCAUGAACAAGGAAGCCUUCAUGAACCAGGAGAUUACAAAAGCGUUUCACGUCAGGAAAGCCAAUCGGAUAAAAGAGUGUCUCGGCAAGGGGACGUUUUCAGAUGUGACAUUUAAGUUGGAUGAUGGAGCCAUCAGCGCCCACAAACCACUGCUGAUCUGUAGCUGCAAGUGGAUGGCAGCCAUGUUCGGCGGGUCGUUUGUUGAAAGCGCCAACAGUGAGGUGUAUCUCCCAAACAUAAACAAGAUGUCAAUGCAGGCAGUACUGGACUAUCUCUACACCAAGCAGUUGUCACCCAACUUGGACCUGGACCCUCUGGAGUUAAUUGCCUUGGCAAACAGAUUUUGCCUGCCACACUUGGUUGCACUUGCAGAGCAGCACGCUGUUCAGGAGCUGACCAAGGCUGCAAUGAGUGGCGUGGGCAUUGAUGGGGAAGUGCUCUCUUACUUGGAAUUGGCCCAGUUUCACAACGCCCACCAGUUGGCCGCCUGGUGUUUGCACCACAUCUGCACCAACUACAACAGUGUUUGUUCCAAGUUCCGCAAGGAAAUCAAAUCUAAGUCCGCAGACAACCAGGCAUACUUUGAGCGGCACCGCUGGCCCCCCGUGUGGUACCUGAAGGAAGAAGACCACUACCAACGUGUGAAAAGGGAAAGAGAGAAGGAAGAUAUUGCACUAAAUAAACAUCACUCGAGACGAAAGUGGUGCUUCUGGAAUUCAUCUCCAGCAGUCGCCUGAGGCGGGAAAAGAAAAAUCAGUCAUCUGACCCACCACUUUUAAAAGCACUACUGUAAAAUUAGUCUUAUUAUUAGAGAGAAAACGUAGUUCAGGUUUCAGGCACUGAUCUUCUUCCACUUCUGUGCAUUUCUCUGUGUGGAGAUCAAAGCACAAGCUCACCAUCCAUGAGCCUGGACGAAAAAGGGAAGUUGACGCUCACUGCAUUCCUUCAACUUCUAUGUAGAUUUUUUUUUCUUUUUCUUUUUUUUUUUUUUUUUUUUUGGUUAGGAGGCUUCAUAAACUUCAGUCCGUUAUCUCAUUUCUUUUUAUACAAAGGAAAAAAAAAAUCCAGCUUUCAUGUUUCAAAUUCCAAAUUGGAAAAUAUUUUUAUAUGGUCUCUUGUAAAUGAAAAUACCGUGUAUUACUUUAUUUUACAGGCCACAGAUUAACCAUGAAGUCGCCCUGUGAUUCUCUUUGCCCACAUGCCCACUGAGCAUUAUUACUUAAUUAGAGGGUGAUCCUUUUGUUGUGAAGUAAAGGCUUGGAAUGAAAUUCCCCAGCGAGCAAGUUAGAGAGUGUUUAAUCUUUGUUCUGCCGAAUAAUGUCGGUAUAAUUACCAAGUCAACUACAAGAGUGUGUAUUUACAAUAUUUGCCGCGUAAGUGCUAAUAAUUAUAUGGUUAUAUGUGCCAUGUAAAAUAUAGUGAUAUCCAAUCUUCUGUUGUUUAAAAUGUCUAGAUUUAAGAGGAUAAUCUUGAUCAUCAUUAGAAGGGCUUAUUAAAUCCCAGCGAUAUCCAGGGCAAACCCACUGGUGGACCUGAACACAAAAGAUCCUGUAAGAGUGUUGGUGUUCGGAUUGCUGGAUUAGGAUGUACAUCUCUCGGUAGUCCUUGAUCUUGCCGUGUUUCUGCAUGCAGAUUCUCCACUGACUUGAAUCAAGAUGGACAAGGGUCCCGGGACUCUGUCCCCACAGUGUCUGCAGGCUUGUUGCAUCUCACCACCAGAAACAGGCUUCCUCAGGUCUCUCACCUGUGGCCAACUUCAACUUUGUAAGACCCCUUCUUUUUAACUCUUCCCAGGGAAAAUCCAUGUCACUGCAGAAGGAGGCCAAGGCAGACCACCCACCCCUGCUGAAGUUCAGCAGGGCCUGUGAAGGCAUGAAGCCGGAGGCCGGGUAGGGUCCCUGCAUUUUCCAACGCAGACAGGAGUUUUACUCCAGGAGUCUAGGAAAUGGUGCUAUUGUGAGUUAGUUCAGACCCUUUGUCAUUCUGAGUUUUCAGUGUUAAUAUAGAAAGUAUUGAGCAGGGGAGCUUUUGAAAGGCUGUCCAUCACUGCUUCUCUGUAAAUGAAAAUGUUACAGCACUCGAACAGAGCAUCUUAAGGCCACAGUUCCAUACCUUUCAUGGGAUGCUGUGUGAUGGAGGCUGAGGCUUCUCCUGUCAAGAGGUCAAUUUAUGGAUGCUCAAGGUUGUUGAUUUUUUUGGUUUUUUUGUAGCCUUCAAUAGUUGGAGAAGAGACAGUUGAGUCCAAACUCCAAUCCUGACAGCCAAAUGUAUUUGGAAAUCUAUCCACAUUACAGGUGGGCAUUUAUUACUAGCAGAAGAUACACAUCAGAGACAAGAGUUUGGAGAGGUCCAGAAAUGUUAUCACCCUCUCAUGACAAAGGAGGGGGCAGUAGAGUAGGGAUGGAUGGUUAUAAAUGCAUCCCCUUUCAUUUUUGGUCAAUAGAUUGUAAAUCGUUCAUGGAAGGAGAAAAGAGAGAAUGAGAGGAUAGAUGUCAAGACUCAGGAAGAAUUGACAUAUAUCCCAUCCUAAAAUGGGAGAGGUAGAGUUUUCAAGGAGUAGGCAGAGUUGAAUUGAUACAACCAAAGCUCCCAUUUGAUUGUAAUCUUGCCAAAAUGUAAUGGACAUAUAAAUGAACCUGGGGUAUAAGCAAUAAUAUCCACUAGUACUUGUUAUCAGCUACUGUAACCAAGUGGCUGGUUCAUUUGGUCGGCGCUGAUUAUGGCCUUUAACCGUGGUGGUUUGUUUUGUGUUUUUUAUUUCACAAAAAGUCAAUAAAAUUGUUUAGCUAU